UGGCGUCAGUGCUUAAGAGUUUAGACUCUUGAACAAUUUGCCAGUUUCUAAAUGUGGUCCUAAGAACCUCCCACCCGUGUGACCUCCGGCUCAUUCCCAGGAACCUAACACUUGACGGUCGGACCCACGGCUCAGAGGAGGAGCCCUGAAAGGGCCAUGGUUCGCAGUAAAUCACCCUGCCUUCUCUCCUGGCUGCUGCCGCUCCUCAUAAUUCUGCUGCCUCAGGCAGACACUCGAUCAUUUGAAGUAGAUUGGGAAGAGGACAGGUUUCUGUUGGACGGGGUCCCGUUCCGUUAUGUGUCUGGCAGUCUACACUACUUUCGGGUACCGAGGGUGCUUUGGGCAGACCGGCUUUUUAAGAUGCGCAUGAGUGGCCUCAACGCUGUACAGCUUUACGUGCCCUGGAACUACCAUGAACCACAGCCUGGGGUUUAUAACUUUAAUGGCAGCCGCGACCUCCUUGCCUUUCUGAAUGAGGCAGCUAUUGCAAACCUGUUGGUCAUACUGAGACCAGGACCUUAUAUCUGUGCAGAGUGGGAGAUGGGAGGUCUUCCAUCCUGGUUGCUUCGAAAACCUAAAAUACAUCUGAGAACCUCAGAUCCAGACUUUCUUGCCGCAGUGGACUCCUGGUUCAAUGUCUUGCUGCCCAAGAUCUAUCCGUUUCUCUACCACAAUGGGGGCAACAUCAUUAGCAUUCAGGUGGAGAAUGAAUAUGGUAGCUACAAGGCCUGUGACUUCAACUACAUGAGACACCUGGCUGGACUCUUCCGUGCACUACUAGGAGAUGAGAUCUUGCUCUUCACCACAGAUGGGCCGGAAGGACUCAAAUGUGGUUCCCUCCCAGGACUCUAUACCACCGUAGAUUUUGGUCCAGCUGACAACAUGACCAAAAUCUUUAGCCUGCUUCGGAAGUAUGAACCCCGUGGGCCACUGGUGAACUCUGAGUACUACACAGGCUGGCUGGAUUACUGGGGCCACAAUCACUCCACUCGGUCCAUUCCAGCAGUGACCAAAGGACUAGAGAACAUGCUCAAGUUGGGGGCCAGCGUGAACAUGUAUAUGUUCCAUGGAGGAACCAACUUUGGAUACUGGAAUGGUGCUGAUGAGAAGGGACGCUUCCUUCCAAUUACUACCAGCUAUGACUAUGAUGCACCCAUAUCUGAAGCAGGGGACCCCAUGCCUAAGCUUUUUGCUCUUCGAAAUGUCAUCAGCAAGUUUCAGGAAAUUCCCCUGGGACCUUUACCUCCUCCCAGCCCCAAGAUGGCACUUGGACCUUUGACCCUGCACCUGGAUGGAGAUUUGCUGACUUUCCUAGAUGCUCUCUGCCCCCAGGGACCUAUCCAUUCAGUCUUGCCAAUGACCUUUGAGGCUGUUAAGCAGGACCGUGGUUUUGUGCUAUACCGGACCUAUCUGUCUUACACAGUUUUUGAACCAACACCAUUCUGGGUGCCAAAUAAUGGAGUCCAUGACCGUGCUUAUGUGAUGGUGGAUGGGGUGUUUCAGGGUAUUCUGGAACGAAAUAUGAAACACAAACUAUUCCUCAUGGGAAAAAUAGGAACCCAACUGGAUAUCUUGCUGGAGAACAUGGGGAGGCUCAGUUUUGGGUCUAACCACAGUGACUUCAAGGGUCUCUUAGAACCACCAGUGCUGGGGCAAACAGUCCUUACCCAAUGGAUGAUGUUCCCUCUGAAAAUUGAUAAUCUUAUAAAGUGGUGGUUUCCCCUCCAGAGGCAGAAAAGAGAACAGCCUACAGCUCCCUCUGGCCCUACUUUCUACUCCACAACUUUUCCAAUCUUAGGUCAAGCUGGGGAUACAUUUCUCUAUCUACCUGGAUGGAUUAAGGGCCAAGUCUGGAUCAAUGGGUUUAACUUGGGCCGGUACUGGACAAAGCGGGGCCCGCAACAGACCCUCUAUGUGCCAAGACCCCUGCUGUUUCCUAAGGGAGCCAUCAACAAAAUCACAUUGCUGGAGCUAGAAAAUGUACCUUCUCAGCCCCGAAUCCAGUUUUUAGACAAACCUAUCCUCAAUAGCACCUUGCAUAGGGCAUACACUUAUUUUCUGUCAGAUAAUGCACACAGUGCAUAUGAACCAAUGAUGUUAAGUGGGCAUUGAAAAAAGACCCCAG